AUGGAAAAUGAUGGGGAGAGGAUGGAGAGGGACCGAGUAUCCCUCAAGCGAGGCAGAAUGGACUUCGAAGACGAUGAGUCGACAGAAGAUGACAGUCGAUCGGAUGAGGCCGAGGAGGAAGGAUGGUGGAGCGCAAAUGAUAGCGAAGAUGAGAUCGAAGAUUCGGAUUAUGAACAGGAAAUUGAGGAGCACGAGUAUGCCACCUCCGGUGACUCGGCACGAACGCUGAAGAUUCGGCUCUUUUUGACAGAUGAGGAAAUGGGCGACUUUAAGUGGAUGAAAAACUUUGUCGCCGAAUGCACCUGCGAUGGUGUCACUGUCGCCAACGCCCUAGCCCGGUAUAUUCAUCGAGAGGGCAUACGCUCUGAAUUCUGGGAAAGAAUGGAAGAGCCCAGCGAGGAAACGUGUGAUGUGGCGUUCCAUGUCUUUGAUCGAUAUGGAACAGUCAAGACCAAGUACAAAGAUCAUCCAGUGCAAAGAGGAACUGGUGUAUGGGGAAACGAGCUUGAUUAUGGCCCUCUUUUUCUAAUCGAAAAGCUUCAUGUUACAGCGUUUGAACUACGCCGAAAAGGGCUGGGACAAAAAGUGGUGUCUUUACUUUUGGAAAAGGCCCAACGUUUCUUCCAAGACGAUAAGCCAGACGGCGAAAACGCAGAUCUUAUCUACGGUUCCAACGAGGCUUUCGAGCGAGCAUGGACUCUACAUACUCUAGUCAGUCCUGGAUAUCUAACAGCGGAAAUCAAACCGCAGUUAGUGGGCAAAUCCGCAGAAGAACGCUUGAUGACACGGGAUCAAAAUCAAUCCGGUGCUAUUGACUUCUGGCGAUCCUGCGGUUUUCGCCGAAUCGGAGCCUCUCGCUGUUUCGCAUUUUCAUUUGAUCUCCAGCACCAGUCUCGUACCAUUGCGGCGGCUUCUGAUUUCGACCCGCGCAGAAGCCAUGUUGGAGACCUUGAGAACGAAAGACUCCAACUGAUCUAUGAGAAUGAUCAAUUUACUGAGGUAGAGAAACUGAGAAUGGAAAAGCUCCGUGACGCAUUGCCGCUGCAUCAUGCAGCUCUCACUCUGACGGACGAAGAACUCAAGGUUUUUUUUAUCACUCAUACCGAUGAUAAGAUUGGCUGGGAUCGAGUGAUGAACUCUGAAGCCACGCUUCUACAUCUAACAGCUUGCGAGCUCAAGCCGCUAAGUAUGCGGUGGCUACUUGAGAAUAUCCACCACGCCGACUCCUGGAAGGCUGCUCGUGACAUUGACGGGUACACCCCGCUCGAAGCAUUGCAGGAGAAGUUGGAGAGAAUUCGAACACAGAAAGAAUAUGGCCUUUGCAGAAUCUUAAACAUAUCAGAUCACUUUGAAGGAAACUCCGACGCCGCAGUGUCCUGUCUUUCCUUACUGUUCGGACAAGAUGCUUUCGGGCUUGAUAAAGCAUGCCUCCGAUACGGUUGUACAUGCGGGGGGUGCGUGGGAGGACUUCUAUCCGCCCGAAUGAGGAGCUCUUUGAUCCUUCAGGGCGGGGUGAUGUACGAUCUUAUGCAGGAAGGAAUUGAUGACGGCAGCUUUUGGGUAGAAGACAACGACUACAUCAUCGAGCACCUCGAUCCCGAUGUGCGAAAGAACCUCAAAACCAACAAGUCACUGCGAAGAGGUUUUGUGAAUAUGUUCCGAACUGCCGUGGAGUGUCUUGAGGCGAAAAGAGUUCCAAGCGCAGGAAAUCUCGAGUGGUGUUGUAACAAUCGGAGCGAAUGGCCACCAGAUUCCAAGAACUACCUGCGAUGCGCUGGGACGCAGAUGGGAUGCCGGGCGGUGCUUCGGUAUAUGUUCAGCACUGCUAAGGAAUGGGAUGAGAAAGCCGGUAAUGGAGAGUGUCAACUGACAUUGAGCAAGGAAUGGUCAGACCUUCCAACUUGUAGAAACGAUCAUGAGUUUGACUUUGUUGCCAGAGCUUGUGGUUACAGUGGGGAUGAUCUUAUUUCGUUACCAUGCUGGUACAUGUAA